GCUACGUUUUUCGAGCAUUCUUUGGAACUCCUUCAGGCCCAAUGAAUAAUAAUUCCCACGUUGUUAAAAAGGGAUACAUUUCCGUGAAGGAGGAUGGUUUAAGAGCCUGGAUUUGGUCAAAACGAUGGAUGUUGCUUAGAGAACAAACCCUCACGUUUCAUCGUAACGAAAAUACUUAUCAAGCUGUUGCGUUGAUUUUCCUCAAGGAGAUUAACAGUGUUUCGCGAACAGAAUUGAAACCUUACUGCUUCGAAAUUCAAACUAAAGAUAAAACUUAUUAUCUUUCUUGUAAAAAUGAUGAAGAAUUAUACUCAUGGAUGGAUGAAAUUUAUAAUCGGUCACCUCUCAGUGGUGUUUCAAAUCCAACAAAUUUCGUACACAACGUACAUGUAGGGUUCGAUCCUGUUAGUGGACUGUUCACUGGGAUGCCAGAGCAAUGGACUAAACUCCUUACAUCAUCAGCAAUUACUAAAGAAGAUUACGCAAAAAAUCCUCAAGCUGUUUUAGAUGUAUUAGAGUUUUACACGGAAAAUCAAAAACGAGAGCAAGAAGCAUAUGGACAGCACGGUCUGUUAGGACCGAUUACCGGAUUUCCAAACGCAGAUGACAAAUGGGCUGACCUAUUACCAAAAAAUAAUAAUACGCCACAGAAAAAUCAACUAUAUCCUAGCCCUAGUGGUGGAUCUAAUGGAUAUGAUAUGUCUUCUAAGAUAUCACCGGUAAACAGUGUGGGCAGUAUUAGAGUAGAUCCAGAUUCUUCUAGGAAUAAUAACGAUCAACAGGUAACUCCACCAAAUCGUCCUCCGAUCACACCAAGACCUCCUAAUACUUUAAGUUCUAACAAUUACAAUCAGCUUCAACAACAAUCUAUACCCCAAUCUUCUCAACGUGUUCCUGAAAAAUAUCAACAAUCGAACAACUAUCAACAACCACCUCCAUCAUUAGUACCAAUGUCUCAACAAUCUACAAAUUAUUCGUCGUCUUCACAACAACAAUCGCAACAACAACGUGUUCCAAACCCCAAUCCUCCUCAACAACAACAGCAACCUCCACAAGUUACUCAACCACCUAAACAGACACCAUCCCCAUCCAAACAACAGCAAUCAGCAAAGAAACCUGCACCUGAAAAAAGAAUUAGCACAAUGACUGAAGCACAAAUUAUGGAAAAAUUAAGAUCUGUCGUUUCUCCAGGUGAUCCCACAGCUUUGUACAGUAAAAUCAGGAAAGUCGCUAUAAAACAAAUGGAUCUUUCACAUCAACCACGAAAAGAACUAAUUGUUAAUGAAAUUCUUGUGAUGAAAGAAUCUCAACAUCCAAAUAUUGUCAACUAUCUUGAUUCAUUCUUAGUAAAAAGCAACGAGCUUUGGGUCGUCAUGGAAUAUAUGGAAGGUGGUGCUUUAACAGAUGUUAUUGAUAAUAAUACGUUAGAGGAAGAUCAAAUUGCCGCAAUAUGCUAUGAGACAUGUAAAGGCCUUCAACAUCUUCAUGGGCAAAAUAUUAUUCACCGCGAUAUUAAAAGCGAUAACGUUUUGUUGGAUGCGUUUGGCCAUUUAACUGACCAAAAGAACAAACGAGCUACAAUGGUUGGUACCCCAUAUUGGAUGGCACCUGAAGUUGUAAAACAAAAAGAAUAUGGUGCAAAAGUUGAUAUUUGGUCUCUUGGUAUCAUGGCUAUCGAAAUGAUUGAGAAUGAACCGCCAUAUUUAGAUGAAGAACCACUUAAAGCACUGUAUUUAAUUGCCACAAACGGAACUCCAACUUUGAAAAAGCCAGAAAAAUUGUCACGUGAAUUAAAAAGUUUUCUUGCAGUCUGUCUUUGUGUAGAUGUUAAGAGUAGAGCAACCUCAUUGGAGCUUUUGGAACAUGACUUUCUCAGAAAGGCCUGUCCACUAUCAGAUCUUGCACCCUUGCUUAAAUUUAAAACUGCUAAGGAUGGCAGAUCGUGA